CUCUUUCUUUUCUUUCUGCCCAAGUUCAACUUCUACACAUUUUGGGCGUCAAUGAAGUACUUCUUGUUCUUGGCCAUGAUUUCACUAAUAUUGGUUGCCGCCGCCGCCCGCGGUGAAUGUCAGAAAGAAAUGAAAAUGGAAAUGGAGGAUGUGGGUCAAUGCAAUUUGGAAGAAAACUCAUGUGUAGCAGGAACAUACUGCUUUUCUUGUUUCGAUGGAUUCGUUGUCGAUCGUUGCGUCCGGUCCAACAUUACCGACCAAUUCAAGCUCCUCAACAACUCUCUUCCAUUCAACAAAUACGCAUUCUUGACUACCCACAAUGCAUACGCCAUCGACGGAGAACCAUUCCACACCGGCGUCCCUCGUCUCACUUUCACCAAUCAAGAAGACACAGUCACCCAACAGCUCACUAAUGGAGUCCGCGCAUUGAUGCUUGACACCUAUGAUUUCCAACGAGACAUAUGGCUAUGUCAUUCCUUCGGUAGAAGAUGCUACGAAUUCACCGCAUUCAGACCGGCGAUUGACACAUUGAAUGAGAUCGCAGCGUUCAUGGAAUCAAAUCCGUCGGAGAUCAUAACGUUAAUCUUGGAAGAUUACGUGAAGUCCCCCAAAGGGUUAACAAGAGUGUUUAAGAAAGCUGGUUUGAUGAAGUAUUGGUUCCCGGUUUCACGAAUGCCUAAAAAUGGAGAGGACUGGCCUCUUGUUAGUGAUAUGGUGGCUAAGAACCAGAGACUGUUAGUUUUUACUUCAAUGAAAACUAAAGAAGAAACGGAAGGCAUUGCUUAUCAAUGGAACUACAUGGUUGAAAAUCAAUAUGGAGAUGGAGGAAUGAGAGGAGGAAUGUGUCCGAAUAGGGCAGAGUCAUCUGCUAUGAACGAUACAUCAAAAUCGCUGGUUCUUGUGAACUUCUUUAAGACAAUCCCAGAUAAGAUGUUUGCUUGUGUUCAGAAUUCACAGAACCUAGUCAACAUGCUUCAAACCUGCCAUGGAGCAUCCGCUAAUCGAUGGGCUAACUUUAUGGCGGUUGAUUAUUAUAAGAGAAGUGAAGGAGGAGGGACAUUUCAAGCUCUAGAUAAUCUCAACGGACACCUUCUUUGUGGCUCUCCUGAUCUCCAUUAUUGUGUUACCGGAUCUGGUGGAAGAGGGUGCACGAUAAAGAGAUGAUGAUGAUUGAUAAAAAAACAUAAGACAUAUAGUGACGUUAGAGAUGGGAAUUGAUUUAUAAAUGAAACCAAACACGGUGUAAAGUGUACGUAGACAAAUUAAAUAGCAGCAGCGACAGACAUCCCACUUUCUAAAUUAAACAAUAUCUUUUCUUUAUUGAUACCAUGUUGUUAAUUAAUCAUAUUAAUAUUUGUUCACUACAUUAAUUAAUUAAUGGAAACAUUCUAUAAUGGGGGCGUGUUUCCAGGUUUUCAGCUAUUAAUAUUAUCCCCAUUUACAACAUAUAUAUUAUUAAUUAAUUAUUGAUCUCGAUCCUCCCAUGUGUUUUUGUGGGAAAUUUU